UUGUAGAAGGAGAUUGCGAAGUAACUUUUGCUUUCUCUUUCUCUUCUUGUUUUUCCUUUCGACUGUUUGUUUCUGAGGCUCAUCCACAGACACCACACCCAUUAUCUUCUCCUUUUUCUCAACCACGUGGCUUAGCUUUGUAACGGCUUUCUCAAGCGGCCAAGCCCAUAACCACUUCCUGCAAUAUAAUUCAACUCUCCCCCUCCCACCCACCCCAAUGCGUCAGUACAUUUCACACACUUCCUUGUAAUCCUUUAAUGGGUUGGUCUUGUUCGUGUUCGUACUGGUGAACUAUAAGUUGUUUUGGUAUUUCAUGGCUUCCAUUCUUCGGUUUCGCAAGCUAUGCUAUGUGGAGCCUGUGAAGUGCUCUUCAUUGGGUUUUCAAUCUUAUGUGACCCCAAAAGUUGGUAAGAAAGAUGACGGUAUUGUUCCCAAGGUUAAGACUCUAGUAGUGGAGAAGAAGAGGGAGCAGCAGCAGAAGAAGAAGAGGCAACCCAAGGAAUGGAGGUGCAUAGAUUACUGUUGUUGGAUGAUUGGAUAUAUGUGUACAACUUGGUGGCUUCUCUUAUUUCUGUACCACUGUUUGCCAGCUACAUGGCCUGGCUUUCAGGUACCUGAAUCGCCUGGAACGAGGCUUAAGCGCGAAGGCUUAACCGCGCUUCACCCUGUAGUUCUGGUGCCCGGCAUUGUUACUGGUGGGCUAGAGCUUUGGGAAGGCAGGCCUUGCUCUGAGGGUCUGUUUAGAAAGCGGCUUUGGGCUGGGAGUUUUUCCGAAAUCUUUAAGAGGCCUUUGUGUUGGUUGGAGCACCUAUCAUUGAACAAUGAGACAGGACUUGAUCCGCCCGGUAUUCGGGUCCGGGCGGUUCCAGGGCUGGUUUCAGCCGACUAUUUUGCUCCUGGUUAUUUUGUUUGGGCUGUCUUGAUAGAGAAUUUGGCAAAAGUAGGCUAUGAGGGAAAGAAUUUGCAUAUGGCUGCCUAUGAUUGGAGGCUGUCUUUCCAAAAUACAGAGAUCCGGGACCAAGCUCUUAGUAGAUUGAAGAGCAAAAUUGAGCUUAUGUAUCUAACCAAUGGCUAUAAGAAAGUGGUAGUGGUACCCCAUUCUAUGGGGGUUAUAUAUUUUCUCCAUUUCCUGAAAUGGGUAGAAUCACCUCCUCCUACAGGGGGAGGUGGUGGUCCAGGUUGGUGUGCCAAGCAUAUUAAAGCAAUCAUGAAUAUUGGUCCAGCAUUUCUUGGUGUUCCAAAGGCAGUUAGUAAUAUAUUUUCAUCUGAGGCCAAAGAUAUCGCAUUUAUCAGAACUUUUGCUCCGGGUCUUUUAGAUUCAGAGAUUCUUGGUCUUCAGACCUUAGAACAUAUCAUGCGGGUUUCUCGAACUUGGGACUCCAUCGUUUCAUUGUUGCCUAAGGGUGGUGAAACAAUCUGGGGUAACUUGGAUUGGUCUGCUGAGGAAGGGCAUGGUUUUAGUUUUGCGAAAAAAGGACAGGCCUCCAUGAGUGGCAACAAUUUGAACAACAGUAAUGGAAGGAGAAGUCUCCAACUGAAGGAUCCUGUGAAAUAUGGACGAAUUAUUUCCUUUGGAAAGGUAGCAUCACAAUUACCUUCUUCACAGCUAUCUACUUUUGAUUCAAAGGAAUUUCCACGCACAAAUACCUCAACUAAUUUCAACUCAUUAUGUGGAGAGGUGUGGACUGAGUAUGAUGAGAUGAGCAGGGAAAGGAUCAGAAAAAUUGCAGAAAAUAAGGCUUACACAGCUAGAACUCUUUUUGAUCUACUCCGGUCUGUGGCUCCAAAAAUGAUGCAACGCGCUGAGGCUCAUUUCUCUCAUGGGAUCUCCGAGAAUCUUGAUGAUCCUAAAUAUGACCAUUACAAAUACUGGUCCAAUCCACUGGAGACCAGGCUUCCUGAUGCUCCUGAUAUGGAGAUAUACUGUUUAUAUGGUGUUGGGAUCCCGACUGAAAGAGCAUAUGUGUACAAAUCAUCACCAUCUGAAAAGUGCAAGAACAUUCCUUUCAGGAUUGAUAGCUCAGCAGAGGGAGAUGACGGCAGCUGCUUGAAAAGUGGAGUAUAUUUUGUGGAUGGUGAUGAAAGCGUGCCUGUUCUUAGUGCUGGUUUCAUGUGUGCCAAAGGCUGGAGAGGAAGAACCCGGUUCAACCCAUCUGGCAUGGCAACACACAUAAGGGAGUACCGGCACAAGCCUCCGGCUAGUCUACUUGAGGGGAGGGGUAUGGAGAGUGGUGCGCACGUCGACAUCAUGGGCAAUGUUGCUUUGAUUGAAGACGUUUUACGAGUUGCUGCUGGUGCCACUGGUGCAGAGAUUGGAGGAGACAAGAUUUACUCAGAUAUCUUAAGAAUGUCCGAGAGAAUAAAUAUUCGGCUGUGAUUAUAAUAAUUAGAAGUGCUGCUCACAAGGCACAGAGAGUGAAGUUACUAACAACACAAUGGUGUUGCAGGACUGAGAAACUCCUUGACAACUGCUAUCAACUGUCAUGCUGCCAUCAGUGGCUGUGGGGGGCAUUGCUUUGAGGGAAAAACAACUGUUGAUUUGAGGGAUAUAUACAUGGGAAAAGGGAAACGAUUAACUCUAGCAAUCCAAGCAAUUCAGUUAGUUUCUCUUAAACUCAUUCAUGUGAAUAAUGUGAGGUUGGAAUGGGUGCUGAAUUGUGGUGGUUAGCAUAAAUGGGCUAUCUAUUCCUGUUCAAGGAGUAAUUUUCUUUAUCUGUGUGAUCAACCAAUAAAAGAACUUUUACCUUUUUC